AAAAAACUUUUCAUCUACUGCAUAACCUUACUUUCUAAAAGCGAUAGCUAAAGCAGUGUAAAUAAAUAACAAAUUAAUAUAAAAAUAAUACUUAACACCUCACCAUGGCUGGAACAUUGUUCCGUUCCUUCAUAAAUACGACUUUAUCCUUCCAAAAACAAAAUUUUACGAUUAUUAGAUCCAUUAACACAGGCUCAGUAUUUUAUGCUGCUCGUAAAGGGACUAGAGCUAAGGCGCGAGCCAAAAAGGUGAAAGUUGAAAUAACUAAAGUUGGGUUCAUUCCGCACAACCAAAGGGGAAAAGAUAAGGUAGCCAAAGUUAACAUUAACAAGCACCAAGACAUGUCCUAUAAGUUGAUAUCUAACGAUGAUGUGUUCCCAAUGCGCUAUUAUCAGUGGGUGGUGUACACUGCAGAGGAUGCUGUGAAGGCACACCAGGAAACUCACCACCCGACAAUGUACAAUGAUACUAAUGCAUAUGUUUAUGCACAAGUGUCAAUCAAUAUGGAAGCUGCUAAAAAGAAUCGUUUUGUGGAAAACAUCCAACGACUUGCAUUACUUCCUCACUAUUUUCCCCGCGAUGAGGAGCGCACGAUUCUAGCAUUCUGCAAGGGGCCGGAGCUGAUCAAACAGGUCGCUGAGGCCGGUGCCACGACUGUUGGCAGUACUGAAUUGGUUAAGAAGAUUCAGGAAGGCGAAAUCAAAUUUAGCGACUACGACUAUGUAAUAGCCCAUCCCAACAUCCUAACCGACUUGGUACCAAUCCGUGGUCUGAUGAAGAGGAGGUUCCCUAAUGUUCGCAGUGGAACCCUAGACGCCAAUAUAUGCGAGCUGGUGAAAAAGUUUGCAGCAGGGGUUCCGUAUAAAGUUAUCAGGGAUGAGCAUCAGCAGAACUUUGGCUUUACAGAGGUCCCUAUUGGACGGCUAAAUAUGGAAGCAAAGCAAGUAGCAGAAAAUAUUGACUCCUUACUAAAGGAUAUUCAGUCAGUAAGGCCAAAGAGGGAUGGAUUAUUUAUUACCAGGUGUCUCAUAGUAAGCCCACCAUCUUCCGAGAAGUUAAAGAUUGAUCCCUUCGUCCACGUAGAUCGUACUCUGUCUAAUGAAGUGCAAGAAGACAGUGACGAUGAAGACGAAGCCGCCGCCGCAAAAGCCUAGCAUGUAUAUUAAAGUAAUAAUUUGUGCUAUAAGAGUAGUUGUAAUAAAGUUAUACAGUUAU